GGUCUAUAAUUUCCAUUUACAUUUUAAAUGUUUAAUAAUUGGCCUUUAGUCUUAUAUUUUCUCCUAGAUGGGUGACGUUGACGCUAGGAAGGCUCUCCAUCUCCUUGAAAGAGCCUUUGCACUGAUUUCUGCAAAGAAUGAAGGAGAAAAUAUAGAUUUUAUGGAGAAUGAAGUAAAUUUGGAAAAUAAGGAUGAGAUAGAAUCGCUAGUUGAUGAGAUUGUAGAGAGUUUAUAUCCUUUAAAGGCAAAAUAUUCGGUAUUUUACACUCCAGGACAGAUAUACGGUCUUUUUAAACGAAUAUAUGAGGGUAAAUCAAGUAAAAAUGACGGGAAAUACACAGAAUCCCAGGGUUCAGUGGAUAGGACUCCUGUUAAUUCGGGGUUGAUAUCAUUUCACUCUAGUAGUUCUAACCAGGAGACUGAGAAUAGCCUGGGUGGAGAUUCUGGAAUUGAGACGUUUUAUAGUAUCGAAAGCACUCCAACUGGGUCCACUCCCUGUGGCGGUCGCUCAAAUUCCUUCAUGUUAAACUACGAGGUUAUGGAAGAUGUUGGAAAUUCGUCUAAAGACCUAGGAAAGGAGCUUACCAUCUGUGCGACCACAGAGCUACUGCGUCUACUCUAUAUCAUGUCUGGUUACUCACAUUAUCUCGCCUACGUUCACGUAAAGCUCAAAAGUUUGAUGCGUCUAGAGGAGGGUCUGUACGAGAUGUUGGACAAAAAUUGUGAAUCCAUGGCGCUCCUAGAGUACUAUAUCCUCUCCAGUAUUUACCAUGGACUAUUUGUAGUUGAUGCUGAUGAAGUUUUUUUGGACAUGUACAAGGACUAUUUGGUAUAUUUGCCACAGGCAAUGUAUUUUACAAUGGUGAAUUUCUUGUCCGAAAAGUCUACCAAGGAACAGAUUAAUGCGUUUGUUGAACUUUUGUCUAGCAUACCUAUACCUCUAGAAUUCAGAGAAGCCAUUGGUAAUACCUCUGAUGCUCAAGAGGAUGAAUCGGAUGAUGACUCCAGCAUUGACUAUGAAUCUGAGGAAGAAAGUCCCUAUGAUCCAAUAGAUGGAAAGGCAUUAUCUAAGCGUUAUAAAGGAAUGUACAAUAAGUUAUGGAUGUAUGUGAUUCGCGACUAUCAUGUCAAUCACGGGCUCUCUUCCGAGGCACUUGUCACUCUUGUGGAGGCGAUGCCCAGCCAUGUAUUCCCAUUCUCAUCAAAUCCCCUUUUAUUUGUGGAUCUUUUGAUUGAUUUCUUGAGUCAUUCAAGCUUGAAUCUGCAAAUUUUGUCUCUCAGGGCCCUAAUGGAACUCGUUUUAUACUACGGACUGGAUGAUGCUAUGAUUUUGAGUGUAGAUGUUGAGGAACAUGCGGGUGAAGAAAAAAGUGCGUCUUAUUUUUACCUCAAGCUAUUAAAAUUUCUGAACAUUGAAUAUCUAGAUGGUGACUAUGGGAAGUGUUUGCUCCAAGUACUCUAUACAGCACUAAAGAGCUCCAUGCUUCCAGUUAAGCUGAUAUCAUCCUUCAUAAAGCGGCUUGUACAAGUCUCCUGUGUUACAGAUUCUCUAACAACAAACGCCCUACUCUCGAUUGCACUGGAUCUCCUAAUUAGACACAACAAACACUGUAUACACCUCGUCAGUGAUGUACAAGACAAAGAAGGGGAAGAAUAUUUGUAUGAACUAACGCUACUUUUGCGGCAUUUUAACGAUGCAACUACAAAGAUCUGUGGGAUAUAUCAUUCUGAUUUAAGGGAUAAAAAUGUAGUAAAGUUAAAUGUAGAUGACUUUGUAAAUUUAGAGAGAAACCAACUUUUGAAAAGUAUAGUUUGUCGCAUUAAAAAGAGUGAAGACUCUCCCUUUAGGGAAAAUGUACAAAAGAGUACAUUUUUGGUUAGUAAAUUGUUUUAA